AAAAAGAUAAAAACUUCAGACAGUUUCUGGAAUGACUUAAACUUUCAAUUACUAACUAUUCUGGUAAGUAAAAUUAGUAAAGGAGCAACUUUGUAUCUGGCGUAGAUUUUAGUCGAGACUAUCGAUUGCGAAUAUACACAGGUAGAAGACUAUCUUAAUCAGGUGCAAACUCAAGCUCAACUCAAGUUAAAAUGAGAGUUCCACGACAAUCUCAGAUAACAGAUGAAACAGUAGAGGAUCACCGUGAGGAAAUUGAGAAAGCUAAGAGUGACAACGCGGAAUCGAGACUUCAUGCUGAGGCUAUUACAGAAAGUGCAGUUGGAAACUUCCCUAAGAAUUUAUGGAAUCGAGCCUAUCAUCACCUCCACGUGGGAAUGGAUUUGUUUCAAGAGUUUCAUAAAAGAACUGUGCCACCUCUUCCAGGUAUACCUCCUAUCUAUGCAAUAGAAAAUCCGCACGAACUUUCAAUAAGAAAGCGGGCCUUCUGCAUGAACGUGAAUCUCGCGUAUCGAAUUCUCACGUAUCUGAAGAUCUACUCUUACCUUUCGUUGAUGAAGUUCUGUAAGAUAGUUCAAGAUCGCCUGGGAAUUCAAAGAUGUAGCCUACAAAUUUCAAAUGAAUCCCUGUCAUUACAUUUCGGUCCUUUUAAUCUUAACAUCGAGUGGAAGCUACAAAAGGGGCUAACUCAGACAGCUGAGGAUCCUCCUCGUAACUGAAGAAACCUAAGACUCCGUAAUAGGUAAAAAGCAUUGGAAAUUUAGGAAAUAUUGUACUCUUUUUAAGUUACAGAUGUCUGCUAUUAAAAGUGAAUAUUCAAGCUUUGUUUUCUGUAUAUAAAACAAUAAAAUCUAACGAAUUGUUCA